AUGUAUCUUAAAGCUAAGCAAUCAGCGGAAGAUUAUGAACUAGACUACAUGCACUAUAACUCAACUAAGGGAGUUGAUCGCUUGAAGAAUGAAGGUAUAUCGCAUUUAAUUAUCAUGAAGUACCACAAUACUUCAGACUUUAGCAAUAAACUUCCAUUAUUUGAAGCUUUGCAUUCAAUAACUGCAGCUGGGGAUAUUUCUAAUGGCUUUAAGAUAUACGAUCCGCAAGACCGUGAGGAAUUGUCAAAAAGUGACUGUGAAAUCAAAAAUAAAGGUCUCUCUUCAAAGGUAUUGACCUAUGGUGAAGAAAUAAUUUGCAACAAGAUUGAAAGUUUGCAAAGAGCACUGAAGACACUACUGGUGGCAGUACAUGAAAAAGGAAAGAUUGAUGAUGUGAAAUCAGAAUUGAGUUUUACUGAAGACACAGAUGAAUUACUUCUCUACAGUUUUAAUUUGGCAGAAUUACACUCCCAAAAAAAUCCGAAGAAAUCCUCAUUGAAGAUUCUGGCAUCACAUGGUGUUAUAGGUUCAUUCUUUGGGUCGAACGGGCAUAGAAUACAGGCGUUACAACAAGAGCACAGUGUCAAUGUAUCCGUUACCACAAAGCGUGUACACUUUCCUGGAUCGAACAAUAAGGGUGUAUUGCUUAUACAUGGUAGACUGCCAAAUGUACUCAAAGUAUUACGCCCACUUUAUAAAGCAAUGCAAGAAGAAAUCAUACGCCUGUUUAUUGAUGACACUGUUAAGAUUAAAGCUCACAAUGUAAGGCUAGAAAUUGAAGUUUUGAUCACAGAAUCUUUACGAUUUGUGAUGGAUAGAAAUAAAUACUUCAAACAGAUUAUGCAAAUAAGUGGAGCGAACAUGAGAGUAAUAAAGCAAACGUUUGAGGAUGGUCCAGUACAGGAAAGAGUGUUGGUCAUUUUCGGUAAGCAAAAAGAGGUGGAAAUAGCGCUAGAAAAGGUCGCUAUAAUGAUACAGGAUGAUUUGAACUUUCGAUUUUAUAGCUAUAUGAACUAUCCGGAUCUAACAGUUUCAACGAACGUCAACGAUUAUACUAGCCAAAACAGAUUCAUUCCAGGGAAAAAAACCUUUACAGACAACGUUGAUGGGACGAGCAGCUCUAGUAAACAGACAUCUUACAGUAAAAAACGAUUGCCUAACCACAAAAUUGAAUUCAACGAUAGAUAA